AUGUUAUGUAACAACGCAAAAGAACUAGCAAAGCGCGUAAGAUGUGACAAACGCAGCGGCGACUGCAUUGCAUUGCGCGUCGCUUACCUGUUGCCGGCGCCGGAUAGCACGCUCCGUCCGUACCUCGCAUUCUUCGCACGUGACGAGACAGCGCAGGACUGUCGCCGAUUUGACCCUAAUGGGCAGGCCCACAAGUGGGGCGAUGCGAUGGAC